GCCCCUGCUUUUGGGGGCCGGGGCACGGCCCCCGCACCUGGCUUGGCUCCGACCGACAGGCUAAUCCCGACAGGUCGGACAGGCACAUACUUGGUCCCGCCCCCCGCCCGCAAUUCUUCUGCCCCCGCCUGCCAGCCUGCUAGGAGGCCAAAACUGCAGCCCGCAGCCCGCCCGGGGAGGACUAAUGAGAAAUUAUCUGGAUAGUUUACAUUUUUGGGUCUGUAUCGGACACCUGAUGGAGUACCACUUUAUUCUGAAGGUGUUGCAGGCAAGAAGGUGAAGGUGAUUCCAGCCCCGUCCCUGGGCUGAGUUUCUGCCCUCAGCUCCACCUGCAGCUGUGUUCCCCUCCCCAACCUGUGUCCUCCCCUCUGAGGCCCAUGUGGCCUCUCUCUUUGGUCUUCCGUCCCAGCUCUGCCUCUGCCCCCAGCCCCGUCCCCACUUUGCAGGUCCACCCCACAAGCUGGAUUGUGCCUCACUCUCCGCAGCUCCCUGCGGGUUGCCCUGCCCUCCCCACACCCAAUCCUGGGUAGCAAACCCGAGGGCUGGUCCCUAACUAGGUCUGUAACCCCUGACCCUUAACCACUCAGGGCCAGGUCUCUUCCCCUGUAAAAUGGAAAUAAUUCUACCUUCCUUCUUCCAUUGUGAGGAGUAAAGGAAGACCUGGCACAUGGCAGGUGGAGGGAGGCAUCCAACGAGUGUGAAUCCCUAACCCCCCACAGUGGCAGAGACAAAUACCCUUUCUUACCCCUACCAAUACCUGAGGUACUACCAGCAGUCCCCAUUCUAUCUGUGUAGAGCGAGCCUCAAAACAUAAACUGCCAGUGCCAUAUAACCCAAGGCCCAAAGGAAAUCAGACAGAGGACUCUAAGAGAAAUGAGGCAGGCUGCUUAAAAGGGAGUCGUCAGCUCCUAUCUCCUCUCUCAGCCCUAGUCCAUGCUAUCCGUGUCUGCAAGUGUGCGUGCCUGUGUGUGCACAUAUGGGGUCAGGGACUAGACGCAGGAACAUGGAGCCACUGAGGCAGGGACCUGUGGCCCUCUGGGGCUUGGUGCUGCAGGGUUCCUAGUCUAAGACCUGUCCAGCAUUUCAAAUCAGAUUUCAUAUAAGAUCCUGGAUUUUCUACUCCUCUUUUGAAAAAUCAGAAGAUCUGUCAACAAUCAGUCAGAGCUGAACGGCAUAUGCUCCCUUUAGAUGGGUCAUUUACCCUCUAGUUUACCCCCUCCACAUCCAGCUUCAAUCGUACAUGUCAUUUGUACCCCCUGGUGUAGAGGAACUCUUAGCCCCUUUACAGGGUUGAUUCUAUAUGUACCUUUUCAAAAAGUGCUUGCAACUCUUCCCAUCCCAGAGGUGAGGGAGGCCAGUGUCACUUGCUUCAGUGAAAUUUACAUCUGGAUCCUCCUUACGAUUUCCCAGCUGAGAUUGUGGUUUCCUGGUGAUUCAGGUGGGAGUGGGCCAGAAGAUCAACGCUGGCAAGGACUGGGUUGGUUUUUGGAGUAGUCCCUGCUGAUGUGACAAAAAGAUCUCUCAUGUGAUAUUCUGAGGUACCUUUGAGGAAGUCUGUCUUUGAGGACCUCCCUUUGACCUGAUGGAGAACUGGGCGCCCCACACCCUCUCUGUCCCCAGCUGAGAUUAUGGUGGAUUUGGGCUACGGCCCAGGCCUGGGCCUCCUGCUGCUGACCCAGCCCCGGAGGUGUUAGCAAAAGCCGUGUGCUGUCCACCCUCCCUGAGACCACCCCUCCGACCAGGGGCCUGGAGCUGGCGUGUGACUAUGCGGCUUGGGCUGUGCGUGGUGGCCCUGGUUCUGAGCUGGACGCACCUCACCAUCGGCAGCCGGGGGAUCAAGGGGAAAAGGCAGAGGCGGAUCAGUGUCGAAGGGAGCCAGGCCUGUGCCAAAGGCUGUGAGCUCUGCUCUGAAGUCAACGGCUGCCUCAAGUGCUCGCCCAAGCUGUUCAUCCUGCUGGAGAGGAACGACAUCCGCCAGGUGGGCGUCUGCUUGCCGUCCUGCCCACCUGGAUACUUCGACGCCCGAAACCCCGACAUGAACAAGUGCAUCAGUUGGGCCAGAAGCCCCCAAUUUGUCCUCUCCUCAGAAUGCAAGAUCGAGCACUGUGAGGCCUGCUUCAGCCAUAACUUCUGCACUAAGUGUAAGGAGGGAUUGUACCUGCACAAGGGCCGCUGCUAUCCAGCCUGUCCCGAGGGCUCCUCAGCUGCCAAUGGCACCAUGGAGUGCAGUAGUCCUGCGCAAUGUGAAAUGAGCGAAUGGUCCCCAUGGGGGCCCUGCUCCAAGAAGAAGAAGCUCUGUGGUUUCCGGAGGGGCUCCGAGGAGCGGACACGCAGGGUUCUCAAUGCCCCUGGAGGGGACCAUGCUGCCUGCUCUGACACCAAGGAGACCCGGAGGUGCACAGUGAGGAGGGUGCCAUGUCCUGAGGGGCAGAAGAGGAGGAAGGGAGGCCAGGGCCGGCGGGAGAAUGCCAACAGGAAUCUGGCCAGGAAGGAGAGCAAGGAGGCGGGCACUGGCUCUCGAAGACGCAAGGGGCAGCAGCAGCAGCAGCAAGGGACGGUGGGGCCGCUCACAUCUGCAGGGCCCGCCUAGGGACACUGUCCAGCCCCCAGGCCCAUGCAGAAAGAGUUCAGUGCUGCUUUGUGUGAUUAAAGCUUUCCUGAACUGGAACAUCGGGGGCAAAGCAUACACACACGCUCCAAUCCAUCCAUGCAUCCAUAGACACAAGACACACACACUCAAACCCCUAUCCACAUAUACAACCACACAUACUUGCACACAUGUGUGUGCAUGUAUACACACACAGAUACCCCAAACACACACACACACAUACACACCUGAGGCCACCAGAAGACACUUACAUCCCUCGGGUCCUGCAGUACACUCUUGGUUUCUGGAGCUCGCCAUGGCCGUGUCAGAGACCACACUUUCCAGCAUCUGAGACCAAACUGCAGAGGGAAGCCUUCUGGAGAAGCUGCUGGGAUUGGACUAGCUAGUGUGGCAGAUGGGAGCCAAGCUCGAGGACUGCUGGUGACCUGGGGAGAAGCCUUCUUCCCAUCCCGUUCAGCACUCCCAGCUGUGUGACUUUAUCGUUGGAGAGUGUUGUUACUCUUCCAUGAUACGUAUCAGGGCUAACCUGACUCUGAAAACUGCCUUAAAGGUUUAUUUCAAAUUAAAACCAAAAAAAUCAACGACAGCAGUAGACACAGGCACCACAUUCCUUUGCAGGGUGUGAGGGUUUGGCAAGGUAUGCGUGGGAGCAAGAAGAGACAGGGAAUUUCAAGAGACCCCAAAUAGCCUGCUCAGCAGAGGGUCGUGCAGAGAAGGAAGAAAAUGUAGGGGCUGCUCUGAGGGUGGUAAACAGGCAGUCUAUAUCCUUGUUACUCAGAGCAUGGACCGGCAGCAGUGUCGUCACAGGGCAGCUUGUUAGGAAGAGAAUCUCAGGUCUCAUUCCAGACCUGGUAAGCCAGAGUCUGAAUUUCAGCAAGAUUCCUGAUGAUUGGCGUGUUAUAUAAAUGUGAGAAGUGCUGCUCUAAUUCUCCUUAAAGGAUGGGAGAAAGGGCCCCGGCCAUGUUGCAGCAGGAGGGAUUCUGGUCAUCUAUAAAGGAGGACUUUCCAUCUGGGAGAGGCAGAAUCUAUAUACGGAAGGGCUAGUGGCACUGCCGGGGGAAGGGAGUGCAUAGGCUUCCAGUGAUGGUUGGGGACAGUCCUGCCCAAAGGCAGGGCAGUGGAUGGAAUAACUCCUUGUGGCAUUCUGAAAUGUGUGCCAGGCUCUGGACCAGGUCCUAGGUUUCCAGGGAGGAGCCAAACACAGGCCUUGCUCUUGUGGAGCUUAGAGGUUGGUGGGGAAGAAGAUAGGCAUGCAUCGAGGAAUCGUACAAACACAUAUGUAACUACAAAAGGAUGGUGUCAAGGGCAGGCGACCACUGGCAUCUGUGCAUAGCUAUGAAAGUUAAUAAAACAGAAUAAAAAUAAAAUACUUUCUCUCAGG